AUGUUUCUUCUUUUCCGCCGUCGUUUUGCCAGUAACAUCGUCAAUGCCACGAAGGUCUCAAGUCGACUUGCCAAUGUGGAAUACCCAUGUGAAAUCGUAAGUCGCUCCGAAAGGUGGAUUAAGUCUCAAAAUACUGAGCGUAAUUAUUACAUGGCUCCCAGGCCAGAAUUAAUCAAGGUUGUGUAUAACGGACAACCCCAUCCCGGAACAGAAUUGGAAAUGUCUAAAGGCCUGUCAACACCAUUUGAUUGUGCAAAGCAUAUGACUCAGAUGCUAUGCGAUAGGAGCGUAAUUGCUAUCGUGGAUGGCUGUCCCCAUGAUAUGCACCGUCCUUUAACGCGAGAUGCGAAAUUGGAUUUCGUGCAUUUUAAGGAUAUCAAUGUGGAUCCCACUGAAGCUAACUUAGCUUUCUGGCGUUCUUGUCAGUUAGUCUUGGCAGCUGCUGUUGAGUCCGCAUUCAAAGAACACUUCCCGAUGCGGCUUCUUGCUUUUCAUCAUACCCCCUUAGAAUCUGGUAGUUUUGUUGCCGAUUUCCGAAUGGAGCUUGAGACCACGGAGGAAUUUGAUAAAAUGGUCUCUUGGAGUCCUUCUGAACACGACCUUCGUGCCAUUUCAGUAGUUGGACAGGCAAUCUCCGCUAAAGCCCUUCCCUUUGAGUGCUUGGAUUUAGAUAGGAAAGGUUGUAUGGAGGUUAUGCAAGAUGACUAUCGUAUGUUGUGCUUCGAUGAUGAAAGCAGUCAGAAAAAGUGCACACUUUUUCGCGUUGGAAAUUAUGUCCAGAUCUACCCUCAUGGUCCCAUGAUCUCAUUCACCUCUCAAAUUGGUCGCUUCUCUGUAUCAUCAUUUCGUCUACUUGGUGGUCUUUCAUCCUCCAAACCAAACGGCUCUAAUCUACAAUUAGUCUAUCGAGCUCAAGGAAUUGCUGUACCCGCUGCCUUCCUCACCCAUUUCACAACUUACGACGUCCUAUUGCGCCAAGCUAGGCGGCAAAAUAGCUCAAUCAGUGAGACGCCCGACUACGUCCGGCCUUUAUAG